AUUGCAUAAAAUGUGUGCCAAGAAAUAUUUAGUUUGAAUUGCAAACUGUAGUCCUGAAACUUUGUAUUUGUAUUUUAAUGGUCAAUUGUAUCUGAUGUCAUCAAAGGUCCUGUGGCUAACGUAUUUAAAGCAUGUGCCAUUAUUUAGGAGUAUGGCAAGGACAUGGUUUUUGGUAGGGAAGGUUGAACAUUCAAUUGCAAUUGAGCUAUUCUCAGUAGGAGAUUAGUCUUUGACAGGGUCGCGUAAAUACGGCCCUAGUACUACUUGAGUUUAAAACAAAUGACUACAACAUAGUCACUCUCACUGGUUCAUUUGAAGGUGUGAACGUUAACGUAACAGUGUAGAGCAUCCCAAGGCAUUUUCCGCUCCGUGAUGAUUUUGGUUCCGCCCACUACCUUCCAUACCGGAAGUUUAGCUUUUGUUGUCACACUGGAAGAAAAUGGCUGCUGCCCUGAGUUUUUUUCAAUGAAGACACUGAAAUAACACAUUGUAUCUUGCAUUGGAAUUACUGUUUACCACUAUGCAACCAAAAAGACAGGUGUGUCCAUAUGCCGUGUUGAUGUACAGCAGGGUUUGAAUGGUCUUUCUAUGGAGGUGACGGUGUGGGGCUAAGGUCAGACUGCGGCGUCUCCUGUCACUGACCCUGCAACUGGUGGAGGACCACAAUGCAACAAGUUUUGGAAUAUGCAUUAGAUCGGGCAGAGUACAUUGUCGAGAAUGCUCGCCAACGCCCGGCCAAGAGGAGAGGCUCGUCCGUCAGGAAGAGCCUGUACCAGAAGCUAUACGAACUGUACAUCGAAGAAUGUGACAAAGAACCGGAGCUGAAGAAGCUGAGGAGGAAUGUGAAUCUCCUGGAAAAGCUGGUCUCUCAAGAGUCUGUGUCGUGCCUGGUGGUCAACCUGUACCCUGGGAAUGAGGGCUACUCACUCAUGCUCAGGGGGAAGAACGGCUCCGACUCGGAGACGAUCCGUCUGCCUUAUGAGGAAGGGGAGCUGCUGGAGUACCUGGACGCGGAGGAGCUGCCCCCCAUCCUGGUGGACCUGCUGGAGAAGUCACAGGUUAACAUCUUCCAUUGCGGCUGCGUUAUAGCCGAGGUCAGGGACUACAGGCAGUCGGGCAGCACCAAGAUGCCCUCUUACCAGAGCCGCCACAUCCUGCUGCGGCCCACCAUGCAGACCCUGGUCUGCGACGUCCACGCCAUGACCAGCGACCACCACAAAUGGACCCAGGACGACAAGCUGCAGCUGGAGAGCCAGCUGAUCCUGGCCACGGCCGAACCCCUGUGUCUGGACCCCUCCAUCUCCGUCACCUGCACCGCCAACCGCCUGCUCUACAACAAGCAGAAGAUGAACACGCGCUCCAUGAAACGGUGCUUCAAGAGGCACUCGCGGGCGGCUCUCAACCGCCAGCAGGAGCUGUCCCACUUGCCCACCCCCCCGCAGCUGCGUCUCUAUGACUACCUGCAGAGGAGGAAGGAGAGGAAGCCAGCCCCCUCGAUAGACCUGAAGAUCUCCAAGGCCGGAAACUGUGUAGACAUGUGGAAACAAAGCAACUGCCAGCUCACAGUACCGAAGGAAAUCGACGUGGAGAAGUACGCCGUAGAGGAGAAGUCUGUGAAGCUGAAGGACUCCCAGCACACCGUGUGGCCCGCCGAGGAGGUGGUGGAUGACUACACGUUUGAGUGUGAGGUGGGUGGCCAGGCACAGAGAACCAAGGUGUCCAUCUUCCAGUCGAUGGGAGACCCCCUGGUGUACGGCAAGAUCUACAGCGCCAAAGAGACCAGAGCAGAGGAGGAGAGCCCAGACCUGCAGCUCAUCCACCCGCCCUUCCUCAUAGGCUCCAAGAUAGAUGCUGACCGGUUCCUGCACCAGUACAAGGGCGUGUAUGAGAGGGAUGUGAAGUGUCAGGUGAAGAUGUCGCACUACUCUGGACCUGUGGGCCAGGGCCAGCUGUCUCCCAGCAGAGAGGCUGAGGCCGACGGUCUGUCUGCUCUGGUCCAGUCAUCAGUCCUGGGGAAGGGGGUGAAGCACCGGCCCCCACCCAUCAAACUGCCCUCCAGCUCGGGCUGCAGCUCCUCAGGUAACCUGUACAUGUCCCAAACCACCAGUAGCCUGCUCAAGUGUCCCACUCCGCCCCCGGCCAAGGGGGCCCAGCUGAGCAGGAAACCCUCCCUGGAGCUGAGCCAGCCUGGCCUGCUGUCUCCCUCCGCCCUGUCCCCCAUGGUCCCCACGCAGCGGCCAGGCACCCCGAAGUCGUCCACGCCGACCCCCACCACCACGCCCUGCUCCACCCCUCACCCCUCCGACCUGCUCGGCGCCCCUCCCUCGCUGACCCCGACCCCGUCGGACCCCCCCCUGCUCCAGCCCCAGCCCGCCCUCUUGGCGCCCUUCGCCCAGCCGCAGCUGGCCCUGAGCCAGGCCCUGCCCGUCAUGACCAUCCCCCUGCCCACCAUGGGCACCUCCAUCACCACGGGCACCACCUCCUCCUCCCAGGUCAUGGCCAGCACGGCCGGCCUCAACUUCAUCAACGUGGUGGGCUCCGUCUGCAGUUCUCAGACCCUGAUGAGCUCCAGCUCCAUGCUGGGGGCGGGCCUCAACCUGAGUGGACUCCUCCCCCCUGGGGGGCUGAUGCCCAGCAUGCAGCCCACGGCCCAGACAGCGAGUCCCUUCGGUCUGAACAGCAGCCCAGGACUGAGACCUCUCAACCUGCUGCAGAUCCCCAUCUUUAACUCUCUGCCACAGCAGCAGCUGUCCCAGUUCUCCCCCCAGCAGAGCCAGUCAGCCACCCCCAGCCCCCAGCAGGGGGAGCUGUGUGACCAGGGGUCAGACAGCGGCCUCUCUACCCAGCAGACGGCCGUCAUCAACCUGACGGGGGUGGGGAGCUUCAUGUCCUCACAGGCCGCAGUGCUGUCCCAGUUGGGCUGUGGGCUGGACGGCACGGUGCCCUCUCCGCGGCUCCAGCAGCAGCAACAGCCACAGAUCCAAUUGCAAUUCUUGCAGCACCAAAUGCCGCCGCAGCAGCAAAUGGCUAUGGGGGCGGUGGCGGGGGCACCGCAGGGGGCGUCGCCACGGCAACAUACCGCCAGCCAGCCAAGAAGUAAGAGGAAGCGUAGCACGCCUCAGCCGCUCCCCAAAUCAUGACAGAGAGCCCAACCCCCUCUCUCCUUUCCUCCCACCAACCAACCACAAGGAGCCCUACCGUCGCUAGCCCACCGUCGCUAGCCCACCGUCGCUAGCCCACCUCUGCUAGCCCACCUCUGCUAGCCCACCUCAUCACGAAUGAAAAGACUGUGCUCUUUGUCUUGGAGGGUACAGACAAACACAAGAGACUUCGAAUUUUUCUUUUUUUUUCUUUUUUUUCUAGCUGAGAGAAGAUGUAUGUAACUGACGUGUUGAGUUUUGGGGGAAACCGAAACACUUGCCCCACCAUAGAUUUAUUUCUUCUUUUUCCUUUUUCUAGAACAGACAAAAAAAAAACUACCGUUGAUAAAGAACCUGAUAUUUUUGAAAUGACACAUAAUGAGAAAUGGAAGAGGGUUCUUGUUGUAGGUA